CACUGUUGUCAAACGUUGCUAAGGAAGUAAGGGAGCUGCUGCCAGAUUAUCCACUCCAUCGUUCUCCAAACUGACCAUUUUCCCACAAGUAGGUUUACCUCAGCUGUUCUCAGAAAUGAGAGGAUGACUGAGAAUGGUCAGGACUGCCCCCUCCACCACAUUGGCAGUGCUCCUGCUAAAGGGCACUCAGUUGUUCCUGACACCAAACCACUCAAGACCCCCCUCGUCGAUGUCAAAACCAGCAAUGAGCAUGGGGCUGAGCUUAAACCUGCUGCCAGAAGCGUGCGGGGGGAGAUCAGUCCGUACCAGCCUCGUCCUCCCUUGAUACCCAGGCUGUCCAGUAAAAGUGGCUCAGUAGAGGAGACUGUGAGGAGCAGGAGACUGAGGAGCAGCCAGGAGAGCCUGAGCGACCCGGCCGAGACCGGCUCCUCCACGGACUCACUCAGAGAGGACCAGACUGUUACGGCUACCAGUGGCUUUGUUCUUGGUGCUGCUCCCUCCACCAUCAGGUGCCACCAAGGCUCCGCCACAAGGCCCAUCUCUGCUGCUGCUUCCACAGGCUCCCCAGUCUUUCGUGACAGAGGCAGCAGUCUCUCUGAGUAUGAGAGGAGGCCCCACAGCCAGCAGAGCGACCCCACCGAUCACUGGGGGAGGUCCGCAAAGGUGCGCCUGUCCCCAGUGCAGCCCACGGGGCCACUGCCUGCUCUGGAGAAGAGCUUUGCAUCAACCACUUUAAGGGCGGCUAAUAGGAUUGACAGAGAUUGCUUGGAUUAUAACGUGCUGGCCAGAACGAAGCUCGGAGAGAGACUGCACAGGAACCUGAGCGACAGCCGGCUUCUGGAUAACAUGGGGUCUGAUAGCACCUCUGUCAACUCCAUGAGAUCCACAUACAGCGUGCUCAACCCCAUCCGACCUCAGGAUGUGCGGAACAGGAGCUUUCUAGAAGGCGGCGUGAUGGGGAACGGCGCUCUGCUCGGAGCUGAGGAGCUGGAUCGCUACUUCCCCGGCAGGAGAGUGGGAAUCUACAUCACCACGUGGAACAUGCAGGGAGAAAAGGGCCUUCCAACCAAUUUGGAUGAUCUCCUCCUUCCAACAGACUCUGAAUUUGCACAGGACUUUUAUAUUAUUGGGGUCCAGGAAGGCUGUCCUGACAGGAGGGAGUGGGAGAUCCGUCUUCAGGAGACUCUGGGACCGUACUACGUCAUGCUGUAUGCAGCUUCGCACGGUGUCUUAUAUCUCGCCACGUUUAUCAGAAGAGACCUGAUCUGGUUUUGCUCAGAGGUGGAACACGCCACGGUCACAACCAGGAUCAUCUCUCAGAUCAAGACCAAAGGAGCUGUGGGCAUCGCCUUCACUUUUUUUGGCACUUCCUUCCUCUUCAUCACUUCCCACUUUACCUCUGGAGAUGCCAAAGUUUAUGAGAGAAUCCUGGAUUACAACAAGAUCGUGGAGGCUCUGGCUCUUCCAAAGGGCCUUCCAGACACCAACCCAUACCGAUCCACACCAUCUGACGUGACCACAAGGUUCGAUCAGGUCUUCUGGUUUGGAGAUUUUAAUUUCCGUCUGAGUAAAGACCGGGCCGACGUCGAAACCAUGCUGAAUCACACAGCCGGAGGAAACAUGGCUUCUCUGCUGGACCACGACCAGCUGUCCAGGGAAAUGAAGGAAGGUUCGAUCUUCAAAGGCUUCCAAGAGGCACAGAUCCACUUUCUCCCCACGUACAAGUUCGAUAUCGGCUGUGACGUCUACGACACCACGUCCAAGCAGAGAACUCCUUCAUACACAGACAGGAUCCUGUUCAGGAACAGGCAGGCCGACGACAUCAAAGUGGUCAAGUACACCAGCUGCUCCGACAUCAAGACCUCAGACCACCGGCCCGUCAUCGGAGUCUUCCAGGUCAAACUCAGGCCGGGAAGAGACAACAUCCCUCUGGGGGCAGGACAGUUUGACCGAGGCCUCUACCUGGAGGGCAUCCGGAGGAGGAUCACCAGGGAGAUGAAGAGGAGAGAGGCCAUGAAGAGCCAAAGCAGCAGCACCAUCUGCUCCGUCUCCUAGACAGGAAGUCCGACUGGUGCCAAAAGCAGCCGGCCCGAGGACCAAAAGAAGGAAACCAGAGGUGUCUUAACCACACAGGCGGAGGCCGAGUCCCGGUGAAGCUGGCUGUACCUGAGGGCGGGGACCUUGAGGUCAGGCAGGCUCGGUGGGCUCGGUCUCACGGAUCAUGUCAUGCUCCAGUGUGGACCGGCGUAACCUUACAGACUCUUAACAGCACGCUUCUGUUUCUGUAGGUAUUUAUGAAGCUUCCUGAAUUCUACCGCUGUGUUUCCACCAGAAGCGGGCAACGCGAAUUCACUCGCGCAACAAAUGAUGCUCGAGUUUUAUCGCUGGUACAAAUAUGCAAAAAACCCUCACGUCACUCCAAACCGUCACGUCCGUGACGACCUCCACGCUGAUAGGCUGUCCUGGCGCGUCAACAAGCGAAUUCGCUUGACAAGUUUAUUUAUUCGCAAGUUUAGAAAUUCACGUCGCGUCCGGUGGAAACACAGCGUAAAAUAUCAUCUGAAUGCUACAUCAGUGUUCACAUGCCUUGUGUUUUUUGUCAUCAGAACAUUUAGAUGUCUGCGACUGACUUGAAUCUGCUCUCAGCUGAGCGUUUGGGGAGAAGAGGUGCUUUGAUUGUGCAUAUUUCGGCUAUGAGACCAAAAGCAGCACAUUUUACAUAGGAAUGAGGUUACAGCUUGAUUUCAGGGAGAUCAAACGCAUUCUCACUAAACUACUCCUAAAGGAACUCAUUUUUUCUUUUCACAGGAAAUAAAAUAUUUUAUUUAUACUGUAAAAUUAAGUACUUUUGCUUUUAUUAGGCCAAGUGAUCUUCUGCAACAGAAUCUUAAUGCCUUACCUCUCAUGGCUGUCGUGUAAACCCAUGUAAACCGUCCAUGUACUGUAUGUAUGUAGCACAUUAAUGAAUGAACUGACAUUUCCAGCAUGAGGAGCAGUCUGCUCCUAAAGAAGUGCCUGUGGGUCUUGUUUCCAUGUCAUCAGGACCUCUUGUUGUUAUCUGCAACUUUUUAUGUGACCAAAGGCAUAACAUCCCAUGAAAA